GAAGCAGCGAUGGCGAGCCGCCUCUCUUUUCACUCACAGCUCUCCUCCAUCAUGGAGACGAUGGCCAGGUCUGCCCUGAGUCAGAUCUGCAAACUGGUGGAUGAAGAUUCGGCUGAGCUCCGGCUCGAGUUGUCUCGUCUUUUGUUUGCCAAUUCAGCCCUGGCAGAAAAAGCUAACAGUCUGGAGUGUGAGCUGUCCAUUGUGAGAAGCGACGCCCCCAAGUUGUGUAAAAGUUAUCGCACCGUUGGUGUGCAAACUGCCUGCCACAGGGACGGGGAACCUCAUGUGUCUGGGCCUCCCACCAUAGAGGGGAUCUUUGGAAAAGACUGGUGUAUGAAUCUGUGGAAAGACAGAGAUCCAUAUAGUCUGGAGAGAGUCACAGACUCACCACAGCCCUAUGAGUCUGUGGCAGCGCUGUCUGACCAAAUCACUGUGACUGAGAUCAAAGAGGAGGAUUAUGUGGAGGAUGCUUCCCACAGCUGCCAGGAAACACUUAGUACACAGGAACAUGAACAAAGUGCAGCUGAGGAACCAGAACAACUCUCAGUCGGUUACUCAGCUGAUGGCAGCACCUGCAGCCUGUCAUUUGAUCAGGAAGGAGAACAGCUGGUGUCUGCAGCUGCUAUCGAAGACCCAUCCAUGCAGGUGAUAUCCAUCAAUGACACAGAGGAGGCCUUCAGCGCUCAUAUUAUUCCAAUCGAAGAGGAUGACGAUGAUGACGAUGACGAUGUACAGUUUGUUGAAGAAAGUCAGCAGGAGCCUGUAGGUGUGUCCAGCUCCGAGAAGCAGCAAACAUUACAGGCAGACAAUGAAAACAGCAGCGCUCUGGAUAAAGAUUCACAUGAUGACUUUAAUAUGGUUAAUGUGAAAACUGUCAGAGAUCUAAACAGAAACAAAUUCACAUGCCAAGUAUGUAGCAGGACAUUUUACCACAAGGGCACUCUAACACACCACAUGAAGUCACACAAGUCAAGCUUCUGUAACAUUUGUAAGCAGCAUUUCCCUCACCGGAACAAGUUAAACUCACACACCUGUGUGCCUCCAGUUCCUUCUCAGAGAGUCAGUAAGUCCUGUGAGCUGUGCGGGAAAACCUUUGCAAACCCGUCAGCACUGAGGAUUCACUAUGUUGUCCACACGGGAGAGAAACCCUACAGGUGCAGCUUGUGUGGGAAAGGGUUCACCCAGAAAGGCAAUCUGAAAUGUCACCUACGCAUCCACACCGGGGAGAGACCGUUCCGCUGUAUUAAAUGCGGGAAGACCUUCACGCAAAAGGUGAACCUCAACCAUCAUUUGAUGGCACACAGAAAUCGUGAGGUCGUGGGAGAGAAGCCCAUGUCUCGAAGACAUCUUAAGAACCUAAUGGCUGCAACCUGUCAGUGACUGACUGUGGUGCACAAUCAGUAGCUUUAUUAACCUGAAUGCAUCAUGUCAUGCUGUUCACACUGAUGUAAAGGUAGUUAAUGUCAUGUUUGUAAUAACUUGUAUUCUGUGGUAGUGCUUAGGAAAUCAGGAGUGUGGAGCAGAAUGUCCUGUUUUUGUCAGUUUUUAAGCAUUUAGCAAGUCAGUGUCUUGGUUGUUGUUUCUGUCUUUACAAUAAAAAAACAGUCAUGAAUGUUCA